AUUAGCUUGUUGGACAUGCUUCGUUUAACGUUAGUCUGUCUGUUGGCCACGUUGGCGCUGGCCCAGCACAAUCCACAGUGGUGGGGCAAUCGCAACACCAUCGUUCACCUCUUCGAAUGGAAAUGGGAUGAUAUUGCGCAGGAAUGUGAGGAUUUCCUGGCGCCACAUGGCUACGCCGGCAUUCAGGUCAGUCCGGUGGCUGAGAACAUAAUUUCGGAGGGUCGCCCGUGGUGGGAACGCUAUCAGCCCAUCUCCUACAAGCUGCUCACCCGCUCCGGCAACGAACUGGAGUUCGCCUCGAUGGUGCGUCGCUGCAACGAUGUUGGCGUUCGCAUCUAUGUGGAUGUGCUGCUCAAUCAUAUGUCUGGUGAUUUUCCGGGCACGGCUCAUGGCACUGGUGGCUCUGUGGCCGAGCCAAGCACCAAAUCCUUCCCAGCUGUCCCAUAUACCACCACGGAUUUCCAUCCUAGCUGUGAGAUCUUCGAUUGGAACGAUCGUUUCCAGGUGCAGCAAUGCGAACUUGUUGGCUUGAAGGAUCUGGAUCAGAGCAAGGCUUACGUGCGCGAUAAGCUCAUUGAGGUGUUGGAUCAUCUGAUUACGCUGGGCGUGGCUGGUUUCCGUGUGGAUGCCGCCAAGCACAUGGCUGCCGAUGAUUUGAGGGUAAUUUUCAAUAGCAUGCGCGAUCUGAACACCGAUCAUGGUUUCCCCAAUGGCGCUCGUCCCUUCAUCUACCAGGAGGUCAUCGAUCAUGGCCAUGAGACCGUUUCCCGCGAUGAGUACACAGAUCUGGGUGCCGUCACCGAAUUCCGUGUCUCCGAGGAAAUUGGCAAAGCAUUCCGUGGAAACAAUGCGCUGAAGUGGCUGCAAAGUUGGGGCGAAAGCUGGGGUUUCCUGCCCUCCAAUCAGGCGCUGACCUUUGUCGACAAUCAUGAUAAUCAGCGUGAUGGUGGCCAGGAGUUGAACUAUAAGUCUGCCAAGCAAUAUAAAAUGGCCACCGCCUUCCAUUUGGCCUUCCCCUAUGGCAUCAGUCAGGUGAUGAGCUCCUUUGACUUUGACAAUCGGGAUCAGGCACCGCCUCAGGAUAGCCAGGAACGGAUCAUCUCACCGGAAUUCGAUGCAGAUGGCGCUUGUACAAAUGGCUGGGUCUGUGAGCAUCGCUGGCGACAGAUUUACAAUAUGGUCGGGUUUAAGAAUGCUGUGCGUGGCACACACUUCAACAAUUGGUGGGAUAAUGGUAAUAAUCAGAUCGCUUUCUGUCGUGGCUCCAAGGGAUUCGUUGCCUUCAACAAUGAUAAUUAUGAUUUGUCUGAAAUUUUGAAAACUUGCCUGCCGGCUGGUAAAUAUUGUGAUGUCAUCUCGGGCAAUUUAAUCAAUGGCUCCUGUACAGGCAAAACAGUGAGUGUGGACAACAAUGGCUAUGGCCACAUUAGCAUUCUUGCCAAUGAAUUCGAUGGUGUUCUUGCACUGCACGCAGAUGCCAAACUAUAAAAAGAUUCGAUUUCAAAUAACGACAUUGAUUUGGAAUUUAUUCUUUUUUGUUUUGGUUUGUCAAUAAUACAAUAAAACGCACAUAAAGUAUAAUUUCUUUGGG